AUGGCUUAUAUUCCACCACACAAGCGACGCUCAAAGGAUUCGAACAGUCCAUCUCCAACUCCAGAGCUGCUUGCUCCACAAUUUAAGAGAGAUUUGAACUGGAGAUCAUCUCGGCAUAAUGUAGACAGGGUUGUGAAGAUUAUCAAUGCAGACCAAUGCGUAUACAGAUGGUUCGUUGUUGAUUUAUAUGAUAAUCACCAAUUUCCUUCGUUUCUCCACCUUGAGCCGAUUUUAGAACCCAUUGAGCGGACUAUAGGAGAAAAGUCUCUAGUUUUAGUGAACAAUCAUGCAGAUAAAGGUAAUGAUGAAGUGGGAGGGAAUAUGUCAAUACGACCUUGGGAAUUUGUUGCUAAAAAUGCAUGGCCAGAUUUAUUAACUUCUUUUAACAAUCUGAGGAACAAAAUGGAGUGCAAAGAGCUGGAGAAAGUAAAGCCAAAAUUUGUCGCUGGAUUUGGCAAAAUUCUUUUUCGUGGGUAA